AUGGCAGCUUCCACAAACAAAAUCACCAUCCUGCCAAACAGCGGUAAACCAAGGACACUUUCGGCUGUUGAAAGUUUUGGGAUCUCUGCCUUGUCUCCAGCAUGUGCUGUGAUUUUCACCAAUCCAUUCGAUACGGCAAAAGUGAGGCUGCAGCUGCAAGGGCAAGGUUACAAAGCUGCUCUCGCAACCGCUGGCAAAGACCCCGCAGCAAUCGCACUAGUGAAAAAGAACCACCUCGUAUACACGAAUUCCUUCCAGACAAUUUACAAGAUUUUUAUGAAUGAGGGCAUAAAAGGUCUCCAAAAGGGUUUAACGCCCGCAUUGCUACGUGAAUCGUCUAAAAACUUGUUUCGUAUUGGAAUGUAUGAACCGAUUAUGAGUGUCCUGCAUGAUCCACAGUCAGGACCAGCACCAGGCUGGAAACGAAUGUUAGCGGGCAGUAUGUGCGGUGUGAUGGGAGCGUUUAGUUGUAAUCCGUUCGAGCUGGUCAAGACUCGACUGCAGAGUAAAUCAAGUGGUAAAUCUGUUGCUGUUGGAACACAACACUCUUAUAAAGGUGUUUGGGAUGCCUUGAGAUCCAUUUAUGUGUCUGAGGGUCUGAAGGGACUUUACAGAGGGAGUGUUUUAUCUAUGGGUAGAAGUGUGGUGGGAAGUGGUUCCAAUUUGGCCAGCUACUCCAUGAUCAAGGAGUGGCUGCAACGUGAACGAGGGUGGGCAGACAGUGCUUGGACAGAUAUGGCUGCUGGUCUAGCUUCCGGUGUCGUCUCAUGUUUGUUCAUGAGUCCUAUAGACGUAACAAGAACACGGUACUACAACCAGCCAUACGUGGAUGGCAAAGGAACCAUCUACACUUCCGGAUUCGAUGCAGUGAAAAAGAUCUUUGCCCAGGAAGGUCCUGGAGCCUUCUACAAGGGAUUAAUCACCCAGUUCCUGAGGAUAGGACCUCACUUCUGUUUAACAUUCGUCUUCCUGGGUAUUUUCAGGCGGUCAUUGCUCGAUAGAUACGACAACCAAGACCUAAAAGAAUCAUUCGCAACCUUUGACUCUGACGGCGAUAAUUUCUUGAAUGUACCUGAACUAUCGAAUGCUCUACAAACCGUUAUUCCACCACCAAAAAACAUGUCUAGAGCUGAUUACUCUAGAUUAAUCCAGCUGUAUACUGAUCGAGUCAUCGAGGUAGCUGACGUCGACCACGACCACAAGAUCUCCUUUAUCGAGUACAAGUAUGCAACAAAGGAAGUCCGGUCGAUUGUCCGUGAACUACAACUGCAAUCAGCCUUCCAAUUUUUUGCACACAAGCACGAGAAGAUUGAUGUCAAUGAUUUGAAACUCGUGUUGAAGGAAAUGGGCCCAAGAUCCCAAAAUGUAACAGAGGCAGAACACGAGCUAAUCAUCGCCAAGAACGCCGAAGCUUUAAUCAAGCUUGCCGAUAAAGAUAUGGACGGCAAGGUCUCUUUCGAAGAGUUUACCGCUGUUGCCGACCACGUUGACCUGUUAAGCAACCACAAAAUUUUGCGGGAAUGGGGCCGCUCGGCUCAAGUCAAGAUAGUGUAUUGA